CGUAUGGAAUAUUACAAAUGCCUGAUCGAAGAUCUAUGGCGAGAAGUAAAUCGGCGCAAGCUUCAACUACCCUUGAAACCCCGGGAUGAGCUCAGCGAGGCUUUGGCGAGCGACGACGAGCGAAGAGGAUCCGAAGCAACGACGGUGGAAACCAGAAUCCAAGGCGGCUUUGUUCCCCAAAACGUCAAUCUGGGGCACACAGCUGAGUUUGGAGCGACGGUCCUGGCCAAUCAACUCGUCGACGAAAAAAUCAUCUACUGGACCAUGAAUACUUUCUUCCCGACCAUUCAGUUCUUUUUCGAGUCUGGCCGUUCUUGUACUAUCGACGGCGGCCAACUGCCGGACGCAAAAAUAGGUCUAGAUCCGGCUCUUCAAUUCAAGUUGACAGAGUGUGCACACGAAGAGGAUGGCCAUAUAACCAAUUCCCUUCUCCCUAAAACAUACCCAGGAUCUGGGACCGGCAUGACUAUCAAGGAGGUAGUCAUCGCCCAACGAACAAGCAUCGCGCUGCAGCCGAUACAACCAGAAGACGCCAAGCGGUGGACAGAGCAAGAUCGUCCUCACACAAGGAUCGCAAUAGAAACGCAUACGGUUGUUGGAAUAAGAUUGAGGGGUAUGGAUAGGUUGGCUUACAUAUGGGCGAAAGUUAAAAUCAUUCCAGCAAUACGAGUUUGGAGCGACGUCAGGAUAGCUGGGCUGCGAAACGAUGUGCCAGUACCAAAUGUAUGGCAACCAGAACGUCCUAUAAAGCCAGGGGCUGAGAAAACUGUGGUAGUCAAAAACAGCCUGAUUACGCGCGAUUCUGGAGGGGCCUAGGCAGGGCCUCGUUGCGGCCAAAUACUCAGAAACACUUGGGCAUCGGAUACAUCUCUCUCACGAUGUGGCGGGCGGUUUGGGUGACAAGGUCAAAGUAAGUAAGUUUGUUCAAUAAAGGAACCGAUUCAAGUCUGUAACUAACGUGACGGCAACGGUGGCGGCUGUCCGGGAGAACUCCAGCAACACCGGUGCGAUGAGUUGCUGACUUGGGUAUGGAUUUUACAACGUGCCACUUGCUGGCAAAAGCACG